CCCUUAUACAAAUUGCUAAUUGCGGAUGUAAAUACAGUCUCAUGGGAAUGUUAUGAAAACAGCUAAUAUAGGAUGUUUCCUUGGUUCCUUAUUCUUGUUUUUAAUGUUUUAACUCGAGGGGUUUUUCUGAUAAAUCCUUGGCAUGGUUGUCCUCAGGACGAAAUUCAGGACACAAAUUGCCCUGAUGGAUGGUUUGAUUACGAAGCUAAUUGUUACUCGUUCUUUGUGCAAGUCCCAUCGAAUUAUAUGACAGCUAGGAAAAACUGUGAGACACACGGUGGAUCGUUACUGCGUAUCGACACAUUGAAAGAGCAUCAGUUUAUAGCUGACAGACUCAACGACAUUGCCGUCAAUCGAUCUUUACGUUGGUACACAGCUGGUGUCAUGCGUCCGGACUCAUUUGGUGAAUUUAUGUGGGAGGGUCAUCCAUUAAUUUACCAGAGUGUUAGGUCGGAAUUACUAUCUAUCUGGCUUGAUACUCUGCCCAAACCUUCCGAACGUCCAACAUUUCCAAAAGACCGUACUCGUCUUGUUUAUGGUACUGAUAGAACUCGCUGGGGAUGGUAUCUAGACACACCAACUGCAUUUAGAGGACAUAUCUGUCGCGCUCCUAUCGCAAAUGCCAACCAGCUUCUUCCUAUCUCAAAAUCCCUAGCAUAUGGAAGUGAUUUUCCAAAUAAAAUGGCUAGAGGUCCUUGUUUCAUUGUUCAUCCUAAAGAUGUAUUAUAUGUUCAUCAAAUGAGCACCGAAAAGUACGCAGAGUUGCGUUGUGAAGCAAAUGGCAACCCUCAACCUACUUACAGAUGGUAUUAUGUUAAUACCGAAAUGAGGACGAAUAGUACUGGUGAUACAAUAACCGUAUUACAUCGGACACUUAUUGACGCAGUAUCUGAACCUUCUGGCCGCAUUUCUAUUAGUGCUGGAUCAUUAGUUAUUCACAAUCCUGAUACCUUAACCGACUCACAAAUGUUUCAGUGUGAAGCUAAGAAUAUAUAUGGAUCUGUUCUCAGCCGGACUGCAAGGAUUAUUUUUGGCCAGCUUGAAACAGCUCCUAAGCAACCGCGAAAUGAGAGAAUCGUUAUGUCGCAUCAAAGCGAAACUUUGCCAUGUGAACCCCCUGCUCAUUCUCCUCCAGAUAGUUUGCUGUAUACUGUGUACAUGAACAAGAACGGUGAACUGGAGCCAGUUUUACCAGAAUAUCGUAGAAAUUUAUUUAUUUCUCAGGCAAAAGGUCUUAUAGGCUUUUCUGAGGUUACAGUGUUGGACAGCGGGGUUUACGUUUGUAUGAUAACAAUGCAAUUUGAUGGUCAUCGUGUGUAUGAUUCCCCAAAACUUCCGGAUAUGCCUUUCACUGUACGUUAUAGUAAUCAACCGAGGCAAGAUCCGAGGAUAUAUGAUGAUUUUCCUGCAGUUUGGCCAACAAAUCCUCAACGUGGUCAACUUGUUCGCUUAGAGUGUUUUGCUGCCGGUUACAGCCAACUAGAUGGUCUUAUAUACUCAUGGCGAAGAUUAGAUGGUGCACCUCUUCGAACGGAUAGUUUAAAAGACUAUAAUCGUGUAAUCGAACUACCAAAUGUACAACCGGAAGAUCAAGGUGAAUAUGAAUGUAAUGUUGAAGAUUCCCUGGGAAAGAUGGCUAGACCUAAAUCGGUAAAUUUGAAAAUCACAGCCAAACCAUAUUUUACAACACCUUUACAAAAUACUGUCGUCGAUAUAGAUUCUGAUGUAUUUUUAACAUGUGAAGCAUCCGGUAUUCCAAAUCCUACACAUGAAUGGUAUAGAAAUGAUAUAACAGUGAGUCAGUUAAUUGCAACUGGUAAACUCAAUCCAGCUCAAUAUAGCAUAAUACGUGAUGGUCCAACACGUUCCACUUUACGUAUUCAAAAAGUUAAACUUUCAGAUUCUGGUAUGUUUACUUGUUUAGCAUGGAAUAGUUUAGGCAGUGAAGCUUCAUCUGCUGAAGUACGUGUAUUAGAAUUAGCACCAACAUUCCGUAAACAUCCUGUUAUGCCUAAUGAAGGUAUGGUUGGAAGCACUGCGGUUAUGGAAUGUCAACCUGAGGGAGCUCCUGCAAUGACUGUAGAAUGGCUUCAUGAUGGAACUGUACUAACUACUAGUGACAGUUGGUUGGAUCCAGAAACUGGAGCUGCGAAUUGUAGAAGUAAAUACUGUCAACUUCCUAGUAAAAAUUUAUUAAUUGUUGAUCUAGUCGAGUCAGAUGCUGGACAAUAUACUUGUAUUGCAAAAAAUACUUUAGGUCAAGCAGAAUCAAGUGCUUUGUUGACAAUAAUUCCACGUUUAUACAUGAGUUUAACACCGAUUUUACGUGUUGUCUAUCAAAAUUCCACUGUACUUCUUCCUUGUCGUGUUCAAAGUUCAUCAUAUUUAGAUGUGAAUUAUGCUUGGCAUUUUGAGGGCGUAAAACUUAAAUUUGAUAGAUUAGAUUUAGAUGCUAGACGAUAUGAACUUGCUCAGCUUUACAGACCGUAUGGACAUUAUUUUGGAACAUUGAAAAUAGUUAAUAUUCAGUUUGAAAAUUCUGGGAAUUAUACAUGUGCAGCGGAAACUCCCUUAAAUUCACAAUUAUCAAGUGGUAUUAUUCGAGUAGCAGGACCUCCUGGACCUUGUGGCGGUGUUGUAGUUGAUCCUCAUGUUGGAGUAGAUCGAGUAAAUGUCAGUUGGGCUGCUGGUGCAACACAUUUGUCUCAAAUAUUAUAUUUUCAAAUUGAAGCCAAUGCAAUGUAUGAUCCACCUAAUCAAUGGACAAUUAUGGCUUCUAAUGUUAGUAUAUCUAGUACAAAACUGCUGAAACCAUCAGAACGUCGUAUGACUGUCGUUCGUAAUUUAGCUGCUAAUAUGGCCUAUAGAAUACGUGUACGUGCAGGAAAUGCUUUAGGUUUAGGUGGACCUAGUCCACCAAGUUUAUCUUUUACUACUUUGCCAACUGCACCAACUUUAAUACCACAAAAUGUAACCGGUGGCGGAGGUAAACACGGAACAUUAGUCUUUAAAUGGAUACCAUUGAGUCGUGUCAAUGAAAAUGGACCAAAUUUUCACUAUAGAGCUCAUAUUAAAGCUAAAGAAAAUGCAGAAUAUUCUGUUCAUGAUUUAUGGACAGCCAAAAUGUCAGAUGAUGGAAAAUUCAUGCAGUACACAUUGACACUUGGUGAUAAUCUAUAUUACAAACCAUAUGAUGUAAUGAUACAAGCUGUCAAUAGUGAGGGUGCUGGUCCUUUAAGUGAGCCAGUGACAGUUAUGUCUGCUACUCGUGUACCAACAAAUGCACCAAGUGGUGUAACUGCUGGCGCAUUUAAUUGUUCAGCUAUUCGUGUUUGGUGGCAUCCACCUCUGCCAUCAGAAGGUGAAGGUCCGACUUGGGGUUAUCGAAUUUUGUAUUGGCCACGUAUAUCUGAUUGUCGUUCACUUGAAUCAGAUCGUGCCAGGCAUCAACUUGGUCAACGUCAAACAGUUCAUGGAGAUGUGACCGAAGGUUUAAUAAUUGGAUUAGAUGCCGAUACCUAUUAUUGUAUUGCUGUUCAAAUAUUUAACAGUGCUGGAGAUGGUCCUGAAUCCAGUUUCACAGAACAGACAACAUUUAAGACAGCUCCACGUGAAUUUCCUACUAUGGUUACUUUGAAUGCAACUGGUAUACCAAAUACUAUACGUGUUUCAUGGGUUGGAAUUCAAGCUAGACCGAAUGAAGAAUCGGUGGAAGGUUAUUGUAUUCGUUAUUGGCCAACUGGUUCGCAAUUUAAACGAACUUUCAAAGAUAUUGAUGUCGGACUUAAAACUUUUGGUUUUGUUAGUGAUCUAAAAACUGAUGUCAGGUAUAAUUUACGUGUAUAUGGUUAUAGUCGUGGAGGCGUUGGUACUAUGAGUUCACCAGUAAACCAAUUUCAAAUUAUUACUAAAGAAAAAUGUAUUCCUGGGGCAACAUGGGAUGGUCCCGAUUUUCGGUAUAAUUUCAUAUGUAAUGGUCAUACGAUUAAGAUAUCUUUUGGCCUUACAAUAACGCUGAUAAUUUUAUGCAUAACUUUUAAAUAUUCUCUAUAGUAUUUAUUCAUUUGUUCCAAUGUAAAUUUUUUUUAUAUAUACUCAUCUAGAAGAAAGGCUGUCUGUAAAUCAAACACAAUAAUAAUAAUAAUAAUAAUGAACAAUGUAUCAUUCUUUAUCAUUAAAUAACUGUCACGAUUGUUACUUUGUAUCAUCGAAUAGUGUUCAACAAAAGGUUGUACAUUUUUAUGAAAAAAAAGAAAACGUGAUGAUUUCAAACUUAUUUUCAUGACAUUUUAAUGGCACUGCUUUUGUUUGGAUUGUGUUAUGCAAUAAUAAAA